UCCACUGCUCGUGCCUCUUUAUCUUCUUUCUUUCUUUCUUUCAAUUUUUCUAUAUAUAGCCAUUGGUUUUAGCCUCCAUAUAUAUAUAUAUAUAUAUAUAUAUCCUUCCUGGACACAGACAAAUCAAAACGUGCAAGUUAUGGCUCCUCCUGGCUUGUUAAGUUUGGCUGUGUUCUUAUGUCUCCUGGUUUUCCUAGUCGAGCCUCAUAGCGCAUAUGGCUCGAGCCGUGGUUCGUUUGGAAGACACAACGGUGCUGCCGCUUCGGCAGUCAAUGGAAUAUGCGCCACCUCAGUGACUAUCUAUGGUUACAAAUGUCAGGAACAUGAAGUAAGAGCAUCAAACAACAAACGUUUGACACAAACCUUUUGGUGUUACUUCGAACAUGGAUUUGACAGAGAAGUGGCUAAUGAAAUUAAUUGGUUAUUUGCAUUAAUUAAUUUUCAGGUGAAAACCCAAGAUGGAUACAUCCUUAACAUGCAAAGAAUUCCACAGGGACGUGUCGUUGGAGGUAGUGCUGGUGGGAACAAGAAGCAGCCAAUACUGAUACAACAUGGUGUCCUUGUGGAUGGAAUGACAUGGCUCCUGAAUUCACCAGAACAAAAUCUGCCAAUGAUUUUGGCUGAUAAAGGUUUUGAUGUGUGGAUUGCUAACACUAGAGGGACUAGAUUCAGCAGAAAGCACGUUUCCCUAGACCCUGGCCAGCUGGAGUUCUGGAACUGGUCAUGGGAUGAACUGGUGAGUUAUGAUCUACCAGCUGUUUUUGACUUUGUGUUCAGCCAGACAGGGCAGAAGAUUCAUUACAUUGGUCAUUCCCUGGGAACUCUUAUAGGUUUGGCAUCCUUCUCAGAGGGCCAUCAGGCGGACAAGCUGAAAUCCGCAGCAUUUUUAAGCCCAAUUGCUUACUUAAGCCACAUGAAUACUGCACUUGGUAUGGUUUCUGCCAAAGCCUUUGUUGGUGAGAUCACUAAAUUGUUUGGAGUAGCAGAAUUCAAUCCAAAAGGACAGAAAGUAUCAAUCUUUCUCAAGUCUUUGUGCAAUUAUCCCGGAGUUGACUGCUAUGACCUAUUAAGUUCACUUACUGGUAAAAAUUGCUGUCUCAAUUCUUCCACAGUUGAGCUUUUCAUAAAGAACGAACCCCAACCCACAUCAACCAAAAACAUGGUGCACUUAGCUCAAACUGUUCGAGAUGGGGUUAUUGCGAAAUACAACUAUGGUAGACCAGACUAUAAUCUGAUGCAUUACGGAGAAUCCAAACCACCUAUUUACAACAUCUCCAACAUUCCUCAUGACCUUCCUAUCUUCAUUAGCUAUGGAGGGAAAGAUGCUCUCUCUGAUGUUCGAGAUGUUCAGCUAUUGCUUGAUAGUUUGAAGUUCCAUGAUGUAGACAAGCUCAUGAUUCAAUAUAUCAAGGAUUAUGCUCAUGCGGAUUUCAUUAUGGGAAUAAAUGCCAAUGAUAUUGUGUAUAAUCAAAUUGUUCAGUUCUUUAAAAAUCAGAAAUGAUCCUCAAAGAGUCCAAUCAGUUUAUGUGAUAGAUCUUGUUUUUUACUAUCAAAUAAAUCAUUUAACACGACAGAAUCUGUUCAAAGCCAGCUGAUUGAGAUCAUGUAGACAACUAUCCUGGGUAACAAUCUGUUUGGUAACCUGGAAAAGCAGUUUUUAUCAUUUCUACUUGUAUUUGAAAUAUGCCAUUCUAAAUAGUAAACUGAUCUGUCUGGACUAUUUGGUAGGUAGCAUGACCAAAAUAAGAAGCCAGAAAAAGUUCUUUUUUAUCAGCCGUAUUAAUGAAUGAUAUUCCAAAUAUUGACCAUAUGUGGUAAAGAUAACAGGCAGGUUUUCAGCUUCCUUUACUUGUAUGUCUGCCCUUGUUUAUCUGAUAUCUCUGUUUAGUAUAUUUGUGCUUCCAGAAAGCCCCCAGCUGAAAAUGAUCACCAUGAUAGCUUUGUUUAAACGCCAAGUUUCUGUGACCUCUAACCAACUAGAUUUUGCUUUGCGGGCAAUCCAAAAACAUCGACAACACUUAUCAAAUUCCAUUAACAUUGCCCUUCUUUUGUUUUAGAAUUACUGGCAUCCCCAACCAGCAUUGACUUAUUGAAGGGAUUGUGUUAAAUUGUGCUUCCAAGGGCAAUAUGGUAUAUUUGUCUAUCAUGUGAAAGUAUCAUGAUUUAUAAAUAGUGUGGAUCAAAAAUUCAUGGCAUGAUGAGGAAGCGUUAGUUCUGAUAGAGACUGUCAACAACAUUUAAAGGUUUCUUUAUAUAUAUAUAUAUAUAUAGAUACACCAAAGCUGUCAUAGACUCAUAGCAACA